AUGGAAGCCAAAGGUUUUUACCACGAACGCGCUUCCAGAGUCGCCAAGACUCUCUUCCCACGGAACGAAAACUCACCUCAAGCCGAGGUGAAACAACGGACUCCAGGCAAACGUUCGCCAGCAUCAUCUUUGCGGCAAUGCAAAACAGCAAAGCGUCUCGUCACAAAAAAAGCGGCAGCGGUUUCCAUGUCGCUGGUGCGUGACAAUAAGGACCGCUGGAUGGCAGACAUUGAACAGCGUCUAGCCGUGAGGACAGCGGAGCUUACUGCGGAACGAGCUCGAGUAGAUAACCUGUAG